CUCAAGACUUCAACUGAUUGGCUGAGAGUCAUUCAAGGCUGUUAGCCAUCGAAGAAUGCAAAGUACCAAGCACGUCAUCUAUCUGCCGCUGUUGCCGCCUGCGUGAAUCAUGAUGGGCGCCGCGCAAGAAGAAGUGCUAGCGCUCCGCGAUGACUGGGCCGAUGCAUCGCAAGCAUACGAGGCGCUAUCUACGGCAGCCAGCGCACUGCUCGACCGUGGUCUUAUGAAUGCGGGACAAUGGGCUCUCGAACAGCUGGCAUGCUUAACACCUCCGGUUCCAGCACCUGAGCCACGGCUAGCGCAGCCGGGGCCAAUCAGCUCGACCCCGGCACGUCGCUCUGCUUUGUCAAAGAAUGCUGUUCCACAAGCUUCGACACCAGCUGUGGGAAUGGGCCUGGGUCUGACCGUCGCGACACCCAAUGUAUCCACCAUGUCGGGGCAGUUCUCGACGUUUGCACCUUCACCUCUCGCCAAUCCUCGUCACAGCUUUUUAAGCAAUCCUGAUCGUUCCAGAGAAGACUCGGCAUUGGAGGAGCAUUCAAGUGCUUACCUGGAGGACUCAAUUCACGUCAGGUUCAAAGGCAGCAGCAGUGGUCACGCAUCUGAAGCAAGUUCGAUGCGAAUAGGCGGCUGGGUGGGAGGCGCGCUCGGAGCAGGACCGAGCGAGCAGAAAGAGGUGUUCUACCGACUGGCCAAGUCACAGUUCGACAGCCAUCAGCUGGAGAGAUGCGCAUGGACACUUGAUAGGCACCAGCUGGAUGACGACAAAUCGCUUUUCCUCAAGCUGUACGCACGGUUCCUGGCCUCUGAACGGGAGCUGAGCGACAGCGGCGCAAUUUUUCCCAAAAUACAGGGUAAGCUACCCGCUGCAAGCCCGAAUCUGAUACAACUUUUGAAGCACCUCGUUAACCCGCAAGACCCAUUUCUGCUCUACUUAAAGGGUGUGAUUUUUAAGAAGCUGCACAAACGACUGGAAGCUACAGACUGUUUUGUCCGAAGCAUUAUUGCCUUUCCUUACAAUUGGAGUGCAUGGACCGAGCUGAGUGGGUGUCUGGGGCCAGAUGGGUUGGAGCUGGUCGAUAUUGCGGAUCUUUUCCCGGAUUCGUUCAUGACAACUUUCUUUGUGGAGCACCACGUCCGCAAGUCCCAAAGAGAUGAUGAUGACAAUCUGCUCCGAGCAGAUUGCCUGCUCAGGCUCUUUCCGAGAUCUGGCUACCUCAUCACCGCGCAAGCCCUCACCGCACACGCGCUCAUGCGUCAUGUGCAAUCUGCCGAGCUCUUUUCUCAGGCUCUCGAGAUGGAGCCCUACAGGACGCAAGGCCUUGUCGAAUAUUCCAACUCUUUGCAUCUACUUCGGGAACAUGGGCGUUUGGCUGAGCUGGCUCAUCGCUUCGCCGAUAUUGCGAUGGACGACCCGGCUGUCUGCUGCUUGAUUGGCAACUAUCACAACUCGCGCGGGGAGCGGCUACGCGCGAUCGAGUCAUUUAAGCGUGCCAUCCGCCUCGACAUGGGUUUUCUAGUCGCUUGGGUGCUCCUGGGGCACGAAUACGUUGAAUUGAAGAACAGUCAUGCCGCAGCAGAAAUGUAUCGCCGAGCGCUGGAGAUCGACCCGCACGAUUACCGAAGCUGGCACGGCCUCGGCCAAGUCUACGAGCUCAGUGAAGCGUGGAAUUACGCCGUCUACUACUAUCGAAAAGCAGCGGCGGUUAAGCCGUAUGAUCCGCGGAUCUGGUUGGCCAUUGGAAGCUGCUAUGACAAGAUGCACCGGCCGGACGAAGCGGCUGCAGCCUGGAAACGGCAGUUGUCAUGCAAUGCUGACGUAAACGAGACGAUCUCGUCCAUCGAGCGCAUCAUUGGGUUGUUCGAGCGCCACGACCGGCAUAGUGAAGCCGCACCCUGGCACCGGCGCCUCGUCGGCAUCGUCGACCGGCACCUCUUUUCCAGGAAGCAGGGCGGCGCCCCAAUGCAUGCACCCAAGCCUGGCAGCAGCGCUCGCAAAGGCAAAGCUCCCGCUGACCCCGGCGCGGGUGAUUCCAUGGAUCUCACCGACAACGCCGAGCCGGAGAAUCAGAGUGCCCUUUCCGCGAAUGCCGCUGCCUCCGCAGCAGCAGCAGCAACCGAUGAUGACUGCAAUUCCGGUCAAAUCGACGAAGAGGUCGCUAUCGGCGGGUUUGGACGCUUCGCGCGCAGCUAUAUCAUCGCGGCCAAGUGGGAGAUGGGCUUACUUCCCAAGCCGGGCCACAGCAUGCAAACACCUUCGCUGGAUCGCCGCAAGUCUGCCAGUACAGCCGCGCCAGAUCGAUUCGAUAGCAGCCUCACCGAUGGCGAGAUGCUGGACGUGCGAUACGCGCCGCAACCCGGAUCUUCGUCCACCGUCAUGGCUGGAGAGCGUGCCGGAGGCGGGCUCUACGAUGAGACCCGUGGGGCAGAAGGGAACUUUGCACUGGCGUACGACUAUCUGCAGAAGGUGGUCAUCGCCGGUACAGAAGUGACGGAUGAGGCGGAAGAGUUGCUGAAGCAGCUCGAUCUACGGGGAUGACGUAGCCCAUGAACAAAUGCGAUGCGGUUGCGAGGUAUACUGAAUACACAUGAGGUGGAGCGGGUCUGCGAUACCGAGUGCAUGGUCUAUGUGCACUAGGUGACCGUGAGAUUCUAUGAAUGGAGCAAAUGUGAUAGUUCCUGACAAUGGGCCUUCAGAAGAAGAGGCUCCAGACCUGCUUGUAGAUCGGAGUGGCCUUGGCCUCUUCCCUCUCGCGCCGGAGAAUGUCAACGGGAACCGGUUCGCGCCGGCCAGUGCUGAUGUCGAUGUCCUCGACCUGAAUCCAACCGUCGUGCCAGAGCGCCUCUCCGAUGCAGUAGAAGAGGAUGACUACGGGGAGUGCGAGACAGCUCUGGAAAAAGACCACCACGCGGGCGCUCGUCGUCAUUUCUUCGCUUCCGAUCGGCCACACUGCGAUGAUCAUUUGGAGUAUCACG